AUGUGAAUUAUUAAAAAGAAAAUGGCCCAACGGAACACCGAAUUUCCUUCUCUUGUCACCAAGGAAAGGUAUAAUAUAUGGAAAAUAUGCAUCUAAGGAGAGUGAGAACCAUGCCCCGACACAGCCAGUCUCUGACCAUGGCGCCCUACUCGUCUGUAAGUCUAGUGGAGCAACUGGAAGACCGGAUCCUCUGCCACGAGAAAACCACCGCAGCCCUGGUGGAGCACGCCUUCCGCAUCAAAGACGACAUCGUCAGCAGUUUGCAGAAGAUGCAAAGCAAGGGGGGAGGCGACCGCCUGGCCCGGCUUUUCUUGGAAGAGCACAUCCGGAACAUUACUGCCAUAGUGAAGCAGCUUAACCGGGACAUUGAGGUCCUCCAGGAGCAGAUCCGUGCCCGGGACAACAUUAGCUAUGGAACUAAUUCUGCCUUAAAGACGCUAGAGAUGCGACAGCUCUCCGGUCUGGGAGAUCUCCGAGGAAGAGUGGCAAGGUGUGACGCCAGCAUAGCCCGACUCUCCGCAGAACACAAGUCAACCUAUGAGGGGCUUCAGCACUUGAACAAGGAACAGCAAGCUGCCAAACUCAUAUUGGAAACAAAAAUUAAAGAUGCAGAGGGCCAGAUUUCACAGCUUUUGAACAGAGUAGACUUGUCAAUAUCAGAGCAAAGCACCAAACUGAAGAUGUCCCACAGAGACAGUAACCAUCAACUUCAGCUUCUGGAUACGAAGUUUAAAGGGACAGUUGAAGAACUCAGUAACCAGAUUUUAUCUGCACGGAAUUGGUUGCAACAGGAACAAGAACGGAUUGAAAAAGAACUUUUACGGAGAAUCGACCAGCUUACCUUAGUGGUGAAAGAAAACAGUGGAGCCAGCGAGAGGGACCUGGAGAAGAAGCUCAGCCAGAUGUCUGCCCGACUGGACAAGCUAGAAGAGAGUCAGAAGAAGAGUCUGGAGAACCACCGAACGAAGCAGCAGCAGGAGGAGGAGGAGGUGCACGGGCGGCUCAGCCAGCUGCAGUUGCAGAUGGACGAGGACAUGAAGGAGAUGAAAGCGGAGGUUAACGAUGGGUUUGCAGCCAUCUAUGAAAGCCUAAGUUCCCUCAGGCAAGUUCUUGAAGCCAAGAUGAAGCUGGACAGGGAUCAGCUGCAGAAGCAAAUCCACCAGAUGCAGAAGCCAGAAGCGCCCAUGUGAAGGGGGGCAGGACACGGACCCAAAGGGAGGCUUCGCCAAGGGCACCAGGAGCUCCGCAGCCCUGGAGGCCGCUGCUUCCUGGAUCGUUCUGUCCACGGCGUGCAUGUGCCAAGUCGUGUGUGUCCACGGGUCUGAAUGUGCACCUCGAGUCUUGAAGAUCCUGUCUUUGAAGCUAUUAGAUGCAUUGUAAGCCAUUUUAUUUCAAUGAUCUAAAUCCGGUAGAAUUUUUGCCCUUGGAUUUUGAAAGACUUUAUCCCCUUCAUUUUAUGAAUGAAAAGACUGAAUUUUCCCUUUUAAUGCUCGAUGCUCUACUCAAUGCUGUUUCUAUUUUGAAAAUGUCAUGGUUUGGGUUUUUGUUUUGUUUAAUUAAAGAACGAAUGCGUUGUCACAGGAAUGUUGCUCCUUGCCCUAAAUGUAAGCGAAGGCUCUGAUUGGUUAGAAUCCAACCACGGAGUACUUCUUUGGAUUUGA